GCCGACACAGCACUCGUAAAUCAGGGGGUGGAGGGGGUGUUGGAAAUGGGUCUGUGGAAUGUCUGGAUAGGAUACGUGUGUGAGGGGGUGUGCGCCCUUAACUCUUGGAAGGAUGGGGUGUGGGGCAGAGGAGCGGGGCUGCCUGGGCCUGAGGUGUGCGACGUUGGAACCAUCGCAACGAGCAGCGGCCGGAAGCGAUGAGGUUAAUUCCCCAGCUCGGGCAGAGGGGGGAUAAAUUGAGGGUGCCGGGCAUCCGCAUCCUCAGGACCUGCCCGUCACCAUGGCCACAGGAAGAGUCUUGCUAGGCUCUCUCCUUCUCCUGAUCCUCCACUUGGACCUUGGUGGGAGCCAGGGGGCCUGGGAGGCCCUGGUGGCGGAGAGAGAGCUCUCAUCCGAGCCAGCGGUGGACAGAGAGACCCAGAGGCCACAGCUGGGUAAGGACUCCUGGAACCCUGCGUGCUCCCCAACUCCUUUCUGCCCAGACUCUGCCUGCUGUCAGCUGCCCCUUGUCCCCACAGGGGCCCGCCUGCGCCGAGCCCUGACCAGCCCGUGCCAGCUGUGGAGCCUGUCCUUGCCCGUGGCCGAGCUGGGCCUGGGCUACACGUCGGAGGAGACGGUCAUCUUCCGCUACUGCGCCGGCAGUUGUUCCCGUGGAGCCCGCACCCAACACGGCCUGACGCUGGCCCGACUGCGGGGCCAGGGCCGAGCCCAUGGAGGACCCUGCUGCCGGCCCACCCGCUACACCGACGUGACCUUUCUCGAUGACCGCCACCGCUGGCAGCGGCUGCCCCAGCUCUCGGCGGCGGCCUGUGGCUGCGGUGGCUAAGGAUGGCCGGCCCGGGGCCCUGCAGCCGCUGGAGGAGCUCAGCUGACUUAUUUACUGGAGGCCCAGAGGCUGAGGCGAAGAGAGGGGAAGGUGGGCUGGGGCCACCAGCAAGGGGCUCAAUAAAGGAAACUGCUCCUCUAGCCUUGUGACUGUGUGUUCAGCUGGGAAUGCUCCUGGUCGGGGGAG